GGUCUUGACACGAUGACGCUGCAGAUAUGAGCAAUCAACAUCGCUAGCGCGAUCGUACGAUGGUUCACGUAUUUGUAAAUAAAGGCGGUGCGCGUGUUAUCCUAUCACCAAAUCGAUGAAUGUUCUCAACGCAAAACAAAAAGGAGAGCUCAAAGGGGGGAGAGAGGAGGAGUUUCAUUCUCAUACUGACAAUUGACAAAAGUGUACAUCAUGAAUAGAUUGUGUUGUAUGUAGCGAAAACUGCAACGAAUGAAAACGUGGCGACCGGCGAGAUCGCUGUCCCAUGGUUAAAGACGAAUCCAUGAAAGAAAGCGAGAUGGCUCACAUUAAUUUUAAUGAAAUCAUUUUUGUCCAAAUAAUAUGACUUCAUCGACAACAACAUUUGCAUGGGAAUAGUGAAGACAUAUCUGACAUUCUUUAGCAUCGCGUACGACAAACAUUGUGCGAGAUAUUGCGUUGAAUUUUGUUAUCGCUCGUUGUCGCUUUUACCCAGAACGACGUAGUUUUCUUUGCCCAAAUUCAUCGCGUGGUGGACUUGUAGGCUAGAAAAUGACGACUUACCGAAUAGUCUGGAUAUUAAUAAUGUGUGUUGUUGUUGCGAUGGCGCUGUCGUGGAUAUCGUACGUCAGUAUUUACCAAAGGAAAGAAUUUCCUGGAAAGUACAAAAACUUUGCGGACACCAGGGGUGGAAAAUGUUUUAAAGAGUACUUUCAAGACGUCCUUCUGGUUAUUGUUUAUCACUAUCCCUUCUACCAAACCCUUCCUUUCAUACUAUCUCAGUACAAAGACGCUUUCCCACACAUCUUGGUUUGUGGACCGAAACCGAGUGCCGAAUUUAAAAUUUUUACUGUCGACAUGGGGCCUGGUGGCUACUACAGUUACGAAUGCAUCGGUCGUGCCAUUCGAGUUCAUCCUGGCUAUCGUGGAUAUUUGUACGUCAACGACGACAUGGUUGUUAAUUGGUGGAAUUUCGCAAAGUUGGACAAGGAGAAGAUUUGGAAAGGUGCCGAGAUUGCUGUGAGUGUAGCUCACGUGAUCAACCAUCGGCCAAUAAGAGACGAUUGGAUGUGGUGGAAGUUAGAAAGUGGAUUGCAAAGUUGUGAAAGGGCUUUCGAAAAACUUUCAAAGUUGUCGGGCAGCCCAUCAACAACGACUCGUGUGAAUUACAAAAAUAUGUUGGCAACUCAUUUCUUGAAUUGCGGAAAUCGGACAUUGUGCUUGCGGACGUGGUCCGAUUUUGCGUACAUUCCGGGAAGACUGAGUCGUAACUUUGAAGUUCUUUCAAGCAUAUUCUACAAAAAUAAAGUUUUUUUAGAAAUAGCACUGCCCACAAGCUUAAGUCUUCUGGAAGACUGGAGACAUUGGGAGGACGCAAAGGGCGUUUAUCUCCCGGAUGUAGUCGGCUUUCGUGAUUUUUUUAACAUAAAGAAUGUUUGGCCGAGCUUUUCUGGCGAUGCAACGUUUUUACAUCCUGUUAAAUUUUUUGGAAAUCGAGGAUAUCACAAUCGAAGGAUAUUCAAAUUAAGAGUUUUACCCUACAUUGAAGAGUAUACUUCCUGCUGACUAUAGAAAUGGUACAAACGAAGGAGAAGUUCUGGGAGUCUAAAUUGUGUUGCAACUUAAUACAUUAAAAAUACAUUUCAACUAUCAAGUGCUUGAGAGUUGAAAAGCCACGAAUGUCUUGAUGUCCGGACACCCACAAUUUUCGGAGUGCUUCAUAACUAAACUAGAACUAUUGUGCGUGAUCACAUAGUUAGCAAGGAAUACCUUCAACUUUUAAAAGAUUCCAAAAUCCUCGAAAGUUGUAAUUAGUCAUCAGACAAAUGAAGGGGAUGAAGAUAUUUUUAUUAUCACAUAGAGGGACAAAUUUAAAUCACAGGCGAUAGACCGACUAGUGAUGUAAAUUCUCAAAUGUUCUUUCUGUAAAAAUCCUACAUUGUUCAAGAUAGUUAACAGUUUGUUCAGCAUUGCUUUAUGUAUAAAUUACAUUUAGAAAUCAAGCAA